AUGCUACCUCAUACUAUAACAAGUGUUACUUUUCGUACAGAAGAAACCCCGUUCACACUGAAGUUGAGACUACUUCUAGCUAUAGUCUUAGCUCUACAAUGUACAAUAACAUGUCUGAGGAUUGCAAUAUUAACAGAUGCCCAAAGCAUCUUUAUGGACAUGUUAUUUAUAUAUUUAGGCUAUGUAGUAUAUACAGAAAAGUCUCCUUGUAUUUUAUUUAUAUUUGUAUCAGUGUCAUUUGUGCGUGGUGUAAUGACACUACUAAUUAUGGUUGAAUGGAUAAAGAAAGCUCCCAUUGCAGAAGACCCGAAAAGCUUUACUUCAAUAUCAAGUUGUAUUGUUCAUAUUGCUAGUCCAUUGAUAUCUUUUGGAGCCUCUUUUUUGGGCUACAACAUCUUUAAAUAUUUGCAGGUUAUAGAAGAGGUUGAUGACCAAUAUCAAUUUUUGGCACCAUGGAGCAAUUUUUCGGCUAAUCCUCAAACUACCCCAAAUAUAAUGAGCAAUAAUGCAACUACUCCUAAUUCAAAUAAUAAUAAUGGUGGGGUUGGGAAUUAUAUAGAUCAAGGAGUUUAUCAGGCAAGUAGUAGGCCUGUAUGUACACCUUUUUCAGGGAGGGCAUACAAGUUGAGUGAUGCUUCAUCAAUUAUUAUACCCAUAGAAAAUAAUCAACAAAUAUAUAAAGGGACAUAA